AUGGCUCGCAGAAAGACAGACCCGCCUCGCGAGUCCGUCUUUGUCACCUCGAGCUCCGGCCGGGAAGCCUCCUCGCCUGCCGACCUCCGCCUAGUCCACUACAACGAUGUCUACCACCUGGACCCGUCCUCCGCCGAGCCCGCCGGCGGCGCCGCCCGCUUCCUCACCGCCAUCAACCACUACCGCCGGGACUCGCGCUACGCCGGCCAGCCCGAGCUACUGACCCUCUUCUCGGGCGACGUCUUCAACCCGAGCCUCGAGAGCUCCAUCACCAAGGGCAGCCACAUGGUGCCCAUCCUCAACGCCAUCGGCACCGACUGCGCCGCCGUCGGCAACCACGACCUCGACUUUGGCGUCCGCCAGUUCGAGUAUCUGGCCGCAAAGUGCAAGUUCCCCUGGCUGCUGGCCAACGUCUUUGACCCGGCCCUCGGCGAGGGUGUGCCCAUCGGCCAUGCCAAGCGCACGCACAUGCUGACCUGCUCCAACGGUAUCAAGGUCGGCCUGCUGGGCCUUGGGGAGAGGGAGUGGCUGGAGACGGUGAAUGCGAUCCCGCCCAACAUCAUCUACAAGUCCGCGACCGAGGUGGCCAAGGAGCUGGUCGCCGAGCUGCGCGAGCAAGGGGCUGACAUCAUCAUCGCCCUGACGCACCAGCGGGAGCCCAACGACAACAAGCUUGCCGAGAACAUGGGCGGCGAGAUUGACAUCAUCCUGGGUGGCCACGACCACUUCUACGCGCACAGCUUCAUCAACGGCACCCACGUGCUGCGCUCCGGCAGCGACUUCAAGCAGCUGAGCUACAUCGAGGUCCGCAGACGGCCCGAUGACGGCGGCGGCCGGGCAGGACCCCGCUGGGACUUUGACAUUUGGCGCAAGGACAUCAUCUCAUCGAUCCCGCAGGACCAGCCCACCGUCGAGCUCAUCGACAAACUCACGGCCAAGCUGAAGCAGAGUCUGGAGAAGCCCGUCGGCUGGACCGCGGCGCCGCUGGACGCGCGCUUCACCACGGUGAGGCUGAGGGAGAGCAACAUUGGCAAUUUUGUGUGCGACAUCAUGCGGCACCACUACCAGGCCGACUGUGUCAUCAUGGCGUCGGGCACGAUACGUGGAGACCAGAUCUAUGCGCCUGGGCCGAUAAGGGUCAAGGACAUCACAGACUGCUUUCCGUUUGAGGACCCCGUCGUGGUGAUUAGGGUCAAUGGACAGGCAAUCUGGGACGCGUUGGAGAACGGAGUGUCGUUGUACCCUGCUCAGGAGGGCCGCUUUCCACAAGUAUCGAAUAUCCGGUUUGAGUUUGAUCCGUCAAAGGAGUCCGGGUCGCGGAUCAACAGGGUCGAGGUGGCGAACAAGCCUCUCGACCCCAAGAAACGUUAUGUCCUGUGCACGAGAGGCUACAUGGCUCGUGCUAAGGACGGCUACAAAAGCCUCCUGGUCCAGUCCGAAGGCGGCGAGGCCGAGGAGAUUGUAUCGGAAGAGAACGGCAUCCUCAUCUCGAUGAUGCUGCGGCAGUACUUCAUGGCCCUCAAGGUCCUCGAGAAGUGGCACAACUGGGAGCCCUCGUGGGACAGCCACUGGGACAAGGUCGUCACGGGCGUCGGCUCCCACCACCCCAACUACCCGGUCAGCCCGUCGGCUUCGACCCGAAAGGGCUGGCUGGAUGGCGGCGUCGAGCCGGCGGAUCCCCGACCAGCCGCCGCGAGGCCGGACUCGAGGGGCUCCCACUGGGACCACUGGAGGCCGGCGAACAUCCGGGCGCGAAGGUCGAGCGUCACGCCGUUUGACGAGAAGGUAGUCGAGGGGGCGCGGCCGGUGCACGAGUCGGACGGGGAGCGGCUGCGGCGGAUCGACCACGAGCUGCGGGUGAUGCGCCGGACGUUCGCGCGGUGGACGCGCAAAGCCGGCGUCCGGGCUGAGGUGUGCGACUCUUUGGGCGAGGGCGAGUGCGAGGUCGAGUGGACCAAGGCGAUCUGUCCGAGGCUGGAGGGGAGGAUCGUCAUGGUGGGCGGGGAGGAGGAGAAGGGGAGGAGGGCGAGAAAAGAGAAGAGUGGCGGAGGUACCUAG